UCCCGUAGUGGAGGAAUUGGUAUAGGUUAGAGGGGUUAGCUGUCGAGAAUCCCUGUAGCCAAGUGACCUGUACAACUGUGUUGGUGUAAUAAAUAAGUGUGCCUCCGAUCCUGUCGUCAAGCCUCCAUAUAUACUUACUACAUCUGGGGUCAGAAGUAAACGUCCAACGAUGGACACACGAGGGACGACACGUACCAGGGAGUCGGAGAUGGAAGACGCCGCGGCCGAUUCUCCACCAGUGAUGGCCGGGGUCGAAUCGGAGCAGCCGGGGCCGAGUACGCCCGCGCCGCUACGACAGGAGGAGGGGGAUGCGUCGGCCGAGGGACUCCGGCUGGCCCACUCCCGCCUGGCGGACCUGCUCUACGCCGCGGCCGCCGCGUUGGAGGAGAUCACGCGGCUGGGGGCUGGAGGAGCAGCGCGGGUCGACGACGGCAGCCGGCGCGGGGCGACGUUUCCCGCCACCCCGACGCGGCUCGCGGUCAAAUUUCCCGCCAUCUCUACAGUACGAGCGGAGGGCGGGGCCGGCCCGCGUCACGUGUCUGCUGAGCGCCAAGCACAAGCCGUGACAUCAUCAACGCCGGCCGGCGCGUCAACAUCAGAGCGACCGGCGAUGCCAUGUGCACGGCCCGCCCACACUGUAUCAUCGGCGGGGAGCGACGGAGAGCGUUCUGCGGCCACGGACGCCGCCUUACAACAGCGUCUGCCGCCUCUUAAAGAAUUUGUCGGCGCUGACGGAGACUGGGGCGGCUUCAAGAGGCGGUUCAUCGCUCAUCAAGAGAUGGCGAACUGGUCGGACGCCGAGGCUCUACGCGCGCUGCCAGCGAUGCUGGACAACGACGCCCUGGCUACCCUCACCUCGGCGCCGAGGGAAAAGCGCGCCACUCUACACCUGGCGUUGCAGCUGCUGUCAGCCGUCUAUGGGCCGCCUUCGGACUGCAGGCAGCUGUUCCACGAUCGGAGUCGGGGCGCCAACGAGUCACCCCUGGCCUUCCGGACGGCUCUCCUGGCUCUGGCAAAGGCUGCUUUCCCAAGGAUGGACGAGGAAGGAGUGGAUGCCAUGGUGGCUGAGAAGCUGCUGCUACUCGCUGACGAGCUGGACGUCAACGUCCUGGCUCAGGACGACGCGGAGAUGUCGUCCCUGCUGGUCGCGCGCCACAUCCACGGGGGCUUGCGGUCCCUGCGUCGGAAGGCGGCAAAGGGGGCGGCCGGCCAUGCCAUGGCGACCACCGCCCUCCCAUCGGAGGAGGUCUGCGGGGUGGAGCGGCGAGGGGAAUGGAGAUCGGCGGCACCGCAGGCUCGGAAUGGACCGAGCCGCCAGGAGCAGCCCAGGUCAUCUGGGGCGCUCACACGCUGCUACAACUGUGGCCUGCAAGGCCACGUUGCGUCUGGAUGCCGGGCUCCCCGUCAGCGCGGGGCGACACCUCGUCAGGACGCCACGCCGUCUCCUCCCAAGCUCCAGCAGAGAAAUACGGUGAAACAGGAGUGACGGGUCCACACCCACCAACCCCUCCCGGAGGGGUCGGGGGUCACUCGGCAGCGACGCCUGACUCUCUUGCACCCGGACCGUCAACAACCGUCACUGAGCGUGCCAGGACGGGCCCUUGUGACGGGCCCGCCGCGCGGACGCGCGCCAAAACGCGCAGACUAUUGUGAGGUCGGCCGUUGGGGGGCCUUGCGGACAAUGGGAGGGGUGGCGUCCGGAGUGUGUGUAUAUAUGUUGGUUUUGGGGUAUUUAUUCGGGGGGGGUGCGUCGGGUUAUUUUUUUUCCUCUCUCUCUCUCUCUCUUCCUGUUGUUGUUCUUGUUAAGGUUCUCUUGUUCUUGUUAAAAAUUACGCGAGGCACACACACGGGGUUUUUGUGAGGGAUGCACCUUUAUUCUGAUUUUUUUUUUUUGCAGCCAGGGACGGCUGCGAGCUGUACAGGGGGGGGGUGAUGUAGAGGUGUAAUUGCGCAUGGCUACGAAUGUUGAGGUGUGAUUAUGCAUGGCCACGGAUGGCCAACAAACACAAGGGGCGGGGUUACGGCCGUACACAAGGGUGGCGCUAGCACCGACGUCCGCAUGUGUAUCCCCCACGGGCCCCCCCUCGGGGGCGAGUCCUAUAAAAGGUGAUGAGCUCGAGGGCUCGAGGUCGGGACUCAGCUUUAACCAGAGAAGACGGAAGACCAGCUAGUGUAGGCCCCAGAGCUCCCCUGGCUCGCUGUCCUUAU